AGCCCAGAGAGAGAGAGGAGUCUGGUCCAGAGUACAGUAUCUGGACCGGACCGAAGCGGGCAGGACGCACAUUUGCGAGGCGGAGGAGAUGGGGAACAAAGAGAAAAGGAAGAAGGAUAAAGACUCGUCCAAGAGCGACAGAGUUACCCUGAAGAAAGAAAUUGGACUUUUGAGCGCUUGCGCUAUUAUCAUUGGGAACAUCAUUGGCUCUGGGAUAUUCAUCUCUCCUAAAGGAGUGUUGGAACAUGCAGGCUCAGUGGGGCUGUCACUCAUCGUUUGGGUUUGUGGAGGGGGGAUCUGUGCCCUUGGGUCCAUGUGCUAUGCUGAACUGGGUGUCACCAUCCCGAAGUCUGGAGGAGACUAUUCUUAUGUGACAGAAAUCUUUGGAGGGCUAGUGGGCUUCCUGUUGCUAUGGAGUGCCGUCCUCAUCAUGUAUCCAACAACACUGGCCGUCAUCGCACUCACCUUCGCUAAUUACGUCUUGCAGCCGGCCUUCCAGGACUGCCUGCCUCCAUUCGUUGCCACCAAACUCCUCGCCACGAUCUGCAUCUUAUUCCUGACCUGGGUGAACUGUUCCAGUGUUCGCUGGGCAACGCGGAUCCAGGACGUUUUCACUGUUGGGAAACUUCUGGCACUGGGACUCAUCAUAAUCGUGGGACUAGUUCAGAUCUGUAGAGGUCACUAUGAUGCCCUGAAGCCGAGCGUGGCCUUUGAAUUUCGCCAGGACCCCUCAGUGGGAGAGAUAGCUCUGGCCUUCCUCCAGGCUUCCUUUGCCUACAGCGGCUGGAACUUCCUCAACUAUGUUACAGAGGAGGUGGUGGAGCCGCGCAAGAACCUGCCUCGUGCCAUCUACAUUUCAAUCCCACUGGUGACCCUGGUCUACACUUUGACCAACAUCGCCUACUUCUCCUCCAUGAGCCCCGAGGAGCUGUUGGCCUCCAAUGCUGUGGCGGUGACAUUCGGGGAGAAGCUGCUGGGGGUGUUUUCUUGGGUGAUGCCGAUCUCAGUGGCACUGUCCACCUUUGGAGGAAUCAACGGAUAUCUCUUCACCUCCUCCAGAUUGUGUUUUUCAGGGGCCAGAGAGGGUCACCUGCCUUAUCUGCUGGCUAUGAUCCACCUAAAGAACUGCACGCCAAUACCCGCCCUGCUGGUCUGUUGUUUUGCCACAAUAAUUAUCCUGUGUAUUGGAGAGACCCACAACCUGAUCAACUAUGUGUCCUUCAUCAACUACCUGUCAUAUGGGGUAACCAUCGCCGGUCUGAUGUACCUUCGCAAGAAGAGACCCAACCUGAUCCGGCCCAUCAAGGUGAACAUGCUGAUCCCCAUCACCUACAUGAUCUUCUGGGCUGUGUUGCUGGGCUUCAGUCUGUACUCUGAACCAGUGGUUUGUGGCCUGGGUAUGGUCAUCAUGCUGACCGGAGUCCCCGUGUACUUUGUGGGUGUGUACUGGAAGAAUAAACCCAAAUGGAUCUACAGGCUGGUCGAAAAAGCCACGUAUGUGGGCCAGAAGGUGUUUUACGUGGUGUUUCCUCAGGAAGACUCUUCAGAGACUGAAUCCCUCACUGCCGCCAAAGCCAGUGACUGAGCAGUGCAUUCAAGCAGAGAUCCCAAUUGACGUGAACAAGUGUACUUCCAAUUCAUUCUUGUUACACGUUUUCGUAUUGUUGUGUCAGUUUGUCAACGGCGAAGAGAUGGUUUUGCCCAUUUUCGUGUGUAGGUGCAGCCUGAAAGGGGCUGCAGCGAAAACCGACUAUCUAAAAGAAGUGGCGGCUUAGGACCCUAAAGAUAGGGUGUGUGUGUGUGUGUUUUGAUUUGAUUGUUCGGUAUUACCGUCUCCUCAUUCCCCUCAUCAGUAUGCCAGGUUUUCUUUUUCACAUGGAUUACCAUCUCAUUUUCUACGCACUCACGGAGCUUUCGACCUGUCACCUGCUUCACUUCCGAGACCUUUCACUUUUGUUUCUUCAACUAUUUCUUUUUUUGCUAAUGACGUGCCUUAUGAAAUGUCUGGGUACAGUGUCCUGGUCUCUGCUGGUAUUUUGGGAACACAAAAACUUGUAUGCGUUAAAUAUGCAAGCACUGAGCAAUACGUCCAUGUUACAGCUGCUAUCUUCAGCUCUGCCUCACUAAUUACUGACAUGAUGUUGACUGAUGUUUGUGUCUGGCUACAGUCCUUGGCACAUUUUCUUUAUCCCCCCGUUGUCUUCCCCUUUCUCUCUCUCUCUCUCGCUCUUCUUUAUUACUGUAAUAUCACUACUUUCUCAUGAGACACUAUAAUGUGCCUGCAUUAUUACCUCCACCAAGGACGUUAUUUGCUGCCAUGUAUGUUGUUGUUUUUAUCUUUUUGUUUCGUCUGAUUGUAAGACACAUAACUCCAAACGUAAUGGAUAGUUUUGAUGAGAUUUUCUGGUGACGAACAGUAGGUUUUGGCCCAAGGAAGGGAUUAUUAGAUUAGAUAUUAGAGAUGUAGUGUAUUGGCACUGUGGGAGGUACGGCCUUGGUAAAGGUUGGCACUCUCUAUUUUAUCUGGUCACAAAUGUGACCUUUACAACGACACUCAUCUCUCCCAGCUGUAUUUACAGGACAGGAGAGAUGAUAGUUUGGAGACAGAGCUUGAAGAAUGACUCACGUUCUCAGAAAUGAAUAAGCUGCAUUGUUACAACACAAGACAAGACAACAGACUGUUCUUUCAGGUUUUUUCCUAUGUUCUCACGUGUGACAACGCCUCUAUGAACUCUCACAAGACACUUGAGCUGCCAGCACAGGUGUAAGAUUCCACACACAUGUUGUGAUACAGAACUUGAUAUUGACGUGUUGGAUCGGGGCAGCAGAAUCCGUAUUUACAGGUCGGAGGAGGCUUGGCAGCGGGUGUUUACUUGUGCAUGGACCCACUCCCACCUCCCCAAAGACGCAUUGUUACUGCAAUGAUCCCUGGUCAAGUGACUUAUACAACAACUGAUUUACUGUGAUACCAUUGAUAUGAUAUGGUUAGAUUAAAAAAUAGUCUUUUUAAGCUUGGUUCUGUUGUCCACCUAAAUCGCUAAUUUGCCUCCGAAUUGCUUUAGUCAAAUCGAUCUUGCUAAAGUUAUGGUACCACAGGCCGUGUGGUACGACACACAAGUAUAUUACUAUGAUAUGUACAGUAUAUACUUCCUUAUAGCACUUUUCUAAGCUGUUGUUAUCUUGAUGUUGUGCAAAGAACAGAACAUGUAAACCAGUAGGUUGUACCCAAGCUUGAAUAUGUGGUCCUCUUCCAGGCCCAAAGUGCUGGGAAUUUCCCUCUGCAUCAAAUCCAUGGAAGUACACACACUUAACAAAACAUGCAUGUCUGUCUGUUCAGUUGAAAUCUGUAAAUAGUAAAGAAAAAACAAACUGUUACAUAUGUGCCAAGGACUCUUACAAUCAUUCCUCAGACGUGUUGUUCUACAUAUUUCUGACGGAUGAAUCUCUGUGUUUUGUAAAAAAAAAAAAAUGUCAUUUUCAAACCAGAAUAACAAUGUAAUUCCUUAUUAAAUAUAGCAAGUCCUGAGAAACAUGA